UUCAAGUUUCAUACAGAGCUUAGCUAGAAGCGGCGGCGACAUUAGCUUUUAGCUUCACCUUGUUCCCUGCUCGGCCUGAAGCGAUGGUGCUCACCAGGGCCCCCUCCGACACCGACGUGUCGGUGCACUCGACCUUCGCCUCGCGCUAUGUGCGCUCGUCUCUCCCAAGGUACCGUAUGCCGGAGAACUCGAUCCCCAAGGAGGCGGCGUACCAGAUCAUCAACGACGAGCUGAUGCUGGACGGCAACCCGCGCCUGAACCUCGCCUCCUUCGUCACCACCUGGAUGGAGCCCGAGUGCGACAAGCUCAUCAUGGCCUCCAUCAACAAGAACUACGUCGACAUGGACGAGUACCCCGUCACCACCGAGCUCCAGAAUCGGUGCGUGAACAUGAUCGCGCAUCUCUUCCACGCGCCGCUGGGCGAGUCUGAGACCGCCGUGGGCGUCGGCACGGUGGGGUCGUCGGAAGCCAUAAUGCUCGCUGGGCUGGCCUUCAAGAGGAGGUGGCAGAACAAGCGCAAGGCCGAGGGCAAGCCGUUCGACAAGCCCAACAUCAUCACCGGCGCCAACGUCCAGGUUUGCUGGGAGAAGUUCGCCAGGUACUUUGAGGUGGAGCUCAAGGAAGUGAAGCUGAGGGAGGGGUACUAUGUGAUGGACCCGGAGCAGGCGGUGGAGAUGGUGGACGAGAACACCAUCUGCGUUGCCGCAAUCCUCGGCUCCACGCUCAACGGCGAGUUCGAGGACGUCAAGCUCAUCAACGACCUUCUCGACAAGAAGAACAAGGAGACAGGCUGGGAAACGCCGAUCCACGUUGACGCGGCGAGCGGCGGCUUCAUCGCGCCCUUCCUCUACCCGGAGCUGGAGUGGGACUUCCGUCUCCCCUGGGUCAAGAGCAUCAACGUCAGCGGCCACAAGUACGGCCUCGUCUACGCCGGCAUCGGCUGGUGCGUCUGGCGCAACAAGGAGGACCUGCCCGACGAGCUCAUCUUCCACAUCAACUACCUCGGCGCCGACCAGCCCACCUUCACACUUAACUUCUCCAAAGGCUCCAGCCAGGUCAUCGCGCAGUACUACCAGCUUAUUCGACACGGCUUCGAGGGGUACAGGAACAUCAUGGAGAACUGCCACGAGAACGCCAUGGUGCUCAAGGACGGGCUGGAGAAGACGGGCCGCUUCAACAUCGUCUCCAAGGACGAGGGCGUGCCGCUCGUGGCCUUCUCGCUCAAGGACCACAGCCGCCACGACGAGUUCGAGAUCUCCGACAUGCUACGCCGCUUCGGAUGGAUCGUGCCCGCCUACACCAUGCCCCCCGACGCGCAGCACGUCACCGUGCUCCGCGUCGUCAUCAGGGAGGAGUUCAGCCGCACCCUCGCCGAGCGCCUCGUCCUCGACAUCGACAAGGUCCUCUACCAGCUCGACGCUCUCCCGUCCUCCAAGCUCACUGCGCCACCUCCCGUCGCCCUCCUGCCGGCGGCGACGCUGCCCAAGAACGUCGUCGUGGCCAACGGGCACGUCAAGAAGACGGAGCUCGAAACACAGAAGUCGGUCACCGAGGCCUGGAAGAAGUUCGUCCUCACAAGCAAGACCAACGGCGUCUGCUAGUGACUACUAAGCAGUCACAACUUACAAUUAAGAGUCUCCACAUCAUGAAUUCGAGUGAGAGCUACCCAUUUUUAAUAUUUGUCUUGCUGAUCCGAGUGAGAGCUACCGAUUUUAGGCGGAGUUUGUAACCAAAGUUUUGCUGUGAUGACUUUUAUAAUUUGCGCAGUUCGUCUGCACUUAUACUAGUAUUUUUAUUACCACUGA